AGCGGCUGGUAACACACUAGCAAGACAACGCUGUCGACGAGCAAGGGCCUGCAAGGCCCGUAGCGCCCUGCAUGGGGAGACAGUCGCGCUGCUAGCACGUACUGGACGUCCCGUCGACGCCUAGGACGCGGCGAGGCAGCCCCGGGCCAGGCACCCCACCACCAAAAUGCCGCGCUCCCCGGGCACGCCCCCGACGCCCGGCGUCGUCGUCGAAGAGGUCGCGAGCAGCCCGAAGCCCGGCCUCUUCGCCCGGCUCUUCAAGAAGGCGCCGAAGGUCGACGACGAGGCGAAGACGCCGUCCCCUGAGAAGCCAAAAAAGAAGAAGCCGCGAGCCCGCGGCUUCGAGCCCCUCGGGCCGAGUCCCGCCCGGUCGCGACGAUCGCAAAGAGAACCGGACGAGCUGACCAUCGCCACCACCAUCGAUUCCCAGAGUCCGGAGAGACCACCUAGACCGAAAGCAGUGAUCGGACCGGACGGGAAACGCGACGCCUCCGCCAUGGUCGCGCGCAUCAAGCAGGAUCGUUUGCGAAGGGAGAAGAAGCUGUUUCGGUUGCGAGCGCAACUGGCCCACUUAGAUCGACGGCCCGCGGCGCCGCCGCGCGUCGCGACGCCGCCGCUCAAAUUACCGCCAGAUGAUCCUACAUUUGCCAAGUCAGCACAUGCACAAGUCCAAAAUAUGUUAAGAGAGGUCGAGGACCAGAACCGCGCGUCCCUGGAGGAAUUGGAAUCGACGCUGCCCGACACGACUGUAGAAGACCCUUCGACGCUCAACCAGGAGUCGAUGCUCGAGACGGUCGCGACCACGCCGCUCAUCUUGGAUAAGAACUUGACGGACGGCGAGGCGGCCAUGCUUGUGGCCUCUAGAACGAAGCGCUGGAACGCGUGCGAUGCGGCCGAGGCGGCGUUUCGCUGGGAGCCGCCCCAAAAAGCUGUCCGGAAGGACUGGGUCAUGGCGAUUGCUACCGAUGAUAGGGAUGGCGCUCUGGCUACGAUCGAAGCCCAACGAGCUUUGUCCAUUGAGGUGGAUUCUCGAAAGCCCGAACAAUUUGGCCUGCAGAUCCCGGGCGUGUUCGAGGCGGAUUUGACUGAUGCGGAGACCGGUCGACUCGUCGCUAGAGGGUGCAAGCGGGCGAACCGGUACACGAUCUACGACGCGGAGAACCUCGAGGAUGAACGGAUACUCCUAGCGAACCUGCAAGUCGGCUACAAUAACGCGCUGCGACGAGUCGAAGAGGCCGAGGAGGCGGACCGCUUGCGGCCGGGCGACCAGGACCAGGUCAAGGCCAUCUACAAGGCAAAGAAUGACGUGGGACCAAUCGAGGAAGCCCUGGACGCGCAGGAACGACGCGUAUCGAGGCUGGCGAAGGAGGAAAAACAUUUGCCCCAGCAGACCUACGCGAACGAGCGGAGCCGCAUGCGUUCGUCGACCACUAUUGUGGGAUGUGCGCGGCGGGACGAUCCCUGGAUCGAUGACGGUGACCUACUCACUGCGGCGUCAUUAAGGUUGGACCUCCGCGUCUCGUUGCGGGGCCCCUACUGGGGCCCGCGGCCGGAUAGAAGGCAAGACACGCAGUUGCGGGAGGAGCGCCCGUUACCGCACGUCGAGAUGACGUACGCGUGCCCCUGCGGUAGUGUGGUAGACCGGGCGUUCCGCGACGAUCACCGGAGGAAGUGUCGACUCUUCCGGGAGUCGUGGGAGGAGUUGCUGAGGCGACUGGUGGAGCACAAAGGGCGGCCGGAGGUGCGGAGGCUGGUCGGGCGGGUGGGCGGCGCGAAUCUGUGCGACGAGGCUUCAGCUUUUUGCGCGCUCGCGAUUUGCGGCGGCGACGUCGACGAGGCCGUCCAGCGGCUACAGCACGAUGCUUUUAGGCAAGACUGCGCCGUCGCCGCCGAGCUUCAUGGUUUGGCAGCCUUAGAUCCGGGGCUGCGGAAGGUUUAUGUGGUCGGCGACUCGGGGUCGGGCCACACGGUCGAGCGGGACCUGAAGGCGUGCUACCGCAUCAGCAAGCACAAGAUCCGCGUAAAUUGAAUGUGUG